GACUAGUAUUUAUAUUUUAAGUACAAUCGUGCUAGCUUGUUCUUCACAUCCACUCGAUUGAGUUGUGAGACAGUGAAGUGUCAAUGACAAAUACGUCAUGGUCAAGACUCUACUCUUAAGUCUCAAGACAUGUUCUAAGUGCAACUGCAUGUAGUUUGCUUUGUUAGGAGGUUCUUCAUCAAUACAGAGAAUAUCCUGUGGAAAAUCGACUUGUAACAGUCAAGUCGCGUCCGAAUCUUCUUCUUCCGGGAGUUUAGAAUCAGCAUAUUCGUGCAAGGAUGACGGAAAACAACCAUGAUGAAAAUGCACCGCUGCUCAGUGGACGUCCAGAUAGAAAUCAAAUUCAGGGAAAGGAUGAUGAUGAUGAUGUUGAACUCUCAGGAUGUGGAGCCACAAUUUGUUGUGAUCCUAGACGGGCUCUUCAUAGAUACCUCAUUCUAAUUUUCAUUUGUUUCUUAAGUUUUGGGAGCUACUUUUGCUAUGAUAAUCCAUCUGCUCUCCAACCUCAAAUAAAAGAUGUUAUGCACAAGGACACAGCUGAUUUCAUGCUUCUCUACUCCCUCUAUUCGUGGCCGAAUGUUGUGCUCUGUUUCUUUGGCGGUUUUCUCCUGGACAGAGUGUUUGGCGUCAGAGUUGGAACCCUGAUCUUUGGUGCCUUUGUGCUGGUUGGACAAUGUAUCUUUGCUCUUGGAGCAACGCUGAACAACUACACUGUCAUGCUGGUGGGCAGGUUCAUCUUUGGGUUGGGAGGAGAGAACCUAGCGGUGGCUCAGAACACCUACUCUGUAGAAUGGUUCAAAGGAAAAGAACUCAACAUGGUGUUUGGACUGCAGCUCAGCUUCUCCAGAGUGGGUAGCACAUUAAACAUGAACAUCUUGGGACCCAUCUACAAGUUGCUUGACCCAAGUUUACCAGGCUACACUAGACUAGGCUAUACUCUCUGGAUAGGAGCUGGAAUGUGUGUGUUUUCCAUCAUGUGCGCUGUUUUCUUGGGAUACUUUGACAUUCGAGCUUCAAGAAUACUAAAGAGGGAUAGUGGAAAGACGGGAGAAACCAUCAAGCUAACUGAUAUCAAGGACUUCCCCCUUACUCUAUGGCUCAUCUUCCUCGUCUGUGUGUUCUACUAUGUCUCCAUUUUCCCGUUCAUCGGGCUUGGAAUUGUAUUCUUUGAAGACAAGUUUGACCUGUCACCCACACAAGCAAAUCUCGUUAACAGUUUGGUGUAUUUUAUCUCUGCCGCCGCAUCGCCCUUCUUCGGUUUCAUCGUCGACAAGACGGGGAGAAACAUCUACUGGGUUGCCCUGGGAAUCUGUCUCACUCUGGUUGCCCAUGGGGCUUUAGCGUUCACCUUCCUCACUCCUUUUGCAACCAUGAGCUUAAUGGGCAUAGCUUACUCUAUCCUCGCCUGUGCGCUGUGGCCUAUCGUAGCCUUCAUCAUGCCCGAACAUCAGCUGGGGACGUCAUACGGAUUUAUGCAGUCAAUUCAGAACCUAGGAUUGGCUGUAGUAGCUGUGGUAGCAGGCAAGCUGGUAGAUUCUAAUGGCUACCUUCUCUAUGAAGUCUUCAAUCUCUCCUGCCUAUGCAUUUCCCUCAUCUGCUGCGUGUUGAUGUAUUUCGUUGACGCUUCGAAAGGAGGAACUCUCAACAUGUCUACCAGGGAGAGGAAAGCGGUGGCCAAGAAAGUGGAAGAAGAUUUAAAAGAGAAAGUGCAACAGUCUGAACUGCCUUCCACAUCUAGUAAUAUCGUGCCUCAGUCUGCCUUUUCUCUUAGGAACAGAUAUCUGUCUAGACUGGGAGCCAAGUUGCCCGUGACUUACAACCCUCAUUCCAUGGCGCUAUCAAGACAUGGAAUCCUGCAGUAAAGACAUGCUACAACUUUGCUCUUACAGCCAGAAGGUCCCAAAUCCAGGUCUGCGUUUCUGAGAAUGCAGGGUUUAAAGAGAAGGUUGAGUUCUCGAGGGAGGUGAAAAAUUAUUUGUGAGCUUUAUCAUUGUUAUUAUGCAU